AUGUUAGAAACUGGCAACAAUUACACCCUCUUGCGGGUAAACGGAGUGAGGAACCAUAUUUCAGCGCGGGUAAACGGUGGGAGUAACCAUAGCUCUCAGUUCAACGGAGAUCUACAUUGGCUUUGCCAAAGAGCCAUUUUGGCUCCUAAAAGCGUUGUGGUCAGUGCAAUCAACAACAACCUCUUACUGCAUUUGCCUGGGGACGUGACAGUCUAUAAGUCAGUAGACAUCAUUCCCAAUCAGGAUGAGGUAGUUGAUUAUCCCACUGAAUUUUUGAAUUCCUUUGAGCCUUCAGGUGUAUCUCCACAUAUUCUUACUCUUAAAAUAGGUAGCCCUGUUAUGCUGAUAAGGAAUUUAAAUCCACCGACGUUGGGCAUUGUUAUCACAAAAUUACUUCCCAAUGUCAUUGAAGCAUCGAUUAUGACCGUCUGUGGUAAAAGUCAAGACGUCUUGAUACUGCGAAUUCCCCUUAUGCCGUCGGCUGCUGACUUACCGUUCACAUUCCGCAGACUGCAUUUUCCGAUUAGACUCAGUUACUCAGUCCAUUAA